UGCUGUGGCUGCCCAGCGAAGCAGUGUGGACUUGGUCUUAUCCUCAAUUCCAAAACUUUCGCAUUAAAUUGAAGUCGUUACUUGGAUCACGUCUCGGUUUUGUUAAUUUUACAGCAUCACACAAAAACAUAUAUUUUUUCCUUUCGUUUCGACCCCGUCUGACGAGGGGAUUGUUAGCUUGAACAACACGCGCAGCCAGAUCAGAACGUCCUGUACGGCGUGCUUUUCACGUGUCGCUACCUAGCUAGCUUCAACUCCGGCGCAAGGAUUUGGCUAGUUAGGUCGCCAGCCGAUUUAAAUUUCCCAGGAGAAGAACUAAGUAGUCUGUUAUAUUAAAUCCGUUAAUAAUAUUCAGUCUAGCCUGCAAAGAUGACAGUUGAAAUGGCAUCUCUGGUGUUAGAAGACGGGACGACCUUUAAAGGCCGGGUUUUUGGGGCUGUUGCAUCCGUCUCCGGUGAAGUCGUGUUCCAAACUGGCAUGGUGGGCUAUCCAGAGGCCUUGACAGACCCUUCCUACAAGUCCCAGAUCCUCACCCUAACCUACCCGCUGGUGGGGAACUAUGGGAUACCCAAGGAUGAGGAAGGAGAGUUUGGCCUCAGCAAGUGGUUUGAGUCUUCUAGAAUCCAUGCCGCUGCCCUCAUUGUGGGGGAGGUCUCCCAGAACCCCAGCCACUGGAGCUCAAACAAGUCCCUGGACCAGUGGCUCAAAGAGCAGGGCAUUCCUGGACUAGAGGGGAUAGACACCCGCUGCUUGACUAAAAAGAUCCGUGAGAAGGGAACCAUGCUGGGCAAGCUGGUGGUGGAGGGGACGCCCGCGGAGAGCGUUCCGUUCGACAACCCCGACGAGAGGAACCUGGUCAGAGAGGUUUCUAUGAAGGAGCCCCGGGUGUUCAACCCCAGCGGGACGGUCAGGAUCGCGGCUGUGGACUGCGGCAUCAAAUACAACCAGAUCCGCUGCCUGUGCCAGAGAGGGGCCCGCGUCACCGUGGUGCCCUGGGACCACCCGCUGGACAGCACCGACUUUGACGGGCUGUUCAUCAGCAACGGGCCCGGGGAUCCGCAGUUCUGCAAGGAGACCAUCGAGAACCUCCGGAGGGUGGUGUGCGUGGACGACCCCAAGCCCGUCUUCGGCAUCUGCCUCGGCCACCAGCUGCUCUCCCUCGUCAUUGGAGCGAAGACCUACAAGAUGAAGUACGGGAACCGCGGGCACAACCAGCCGUGCGUCCACAAGGGCACGGACCGCUGCUUCAUCACCUCCCAGAACCACGGCUUCGCGGUGGACCCGCGCACCCUCCCCGCCGACUGGGACGUGCUCUUCACCAACGCCAACGACCAGACCAGCGAGGGCAUCGUGCACGACACCAAGCCCCUCUUCAGUGUCCAGUUUCAUCCAGAGCACAUGGCAGGGCCCACAGACCUGGUCAGUCUUUUCGAUGUAUUUCUGGACACUGUUCGAGACUUCAAGGAGGGAAAGAGGGGCAAACCAGUGAAAGAAAGACUGACGGAACAUCUGGCCUACCCUGGAGCACCCAAACCAGACGAGCUCAUUCGCCCCAGGAAGGUUCUGAUCCUGGGGUCGGGGGGGCUGUCCAUUGGGCAGGCUGGGGAGUUUGACUACUCCGGGUCCCAGGCUAUAAAAGCCCUGAAGGAGGAGAAUGUCCAGACGGUCCUCAUAAACCCGAACAUCGCCACGGUGCAGACCUCCAAGGGCCUGGCGGACAAGGUCUACUUCCUUCCUCUCACCUCGGAGUACGUCACACAGGUGAUUAAAAAUGAGCGCCCGGAUGGGGUCCUCCUCACCUUCGGGGGGCAGACCGCCCUGAACUGCGGGGUGGAGCUGACCAAGCGCGGGGUGCUGGAGAAGUACAAUGUGCGCGUUCUGGGCACGCCGGUGGCCUCCAUAGAGAUGACGGAGGACAGGAAGAUCUUCGUGGAGAAGAUGGAGGAGAUCAACGAGCACGUGGCGCCCAGCGAGGCCGCGCUGUCCGUGGAGCAGGCGGUGGCGGCGGCGGAGAGGCUGGGGUACCCCGUGCUGGUGCGCUCGGCCUUCGCUCUGGGAGGCCUGGGCUCGGGGUUCGCCAACGGCAAGGAGGAGCUGGUCGCCCUGGUAACGCAGGCCUUCGCCCACACGUCCCAGGUCCUCGUCGACAAGUCCCUCAAGGGCUGGAAGGAGAUCGAGUACGAGGUGGUCAGGGACGCCUACGACAACUGCGUGACGGUGUGUAACAUGGAGAACAUAGACCCCCUGGGGAUACACACCGGCGAGUCCAUCGUGGUGGCGCCCAGCCAGACGCUCAACGACUACGAGUACAACAUGCUGAGGAACACCGCCAUCAAGGUGAUACGGCACCUGGGCAUCGUGGGCGAGUGCAACAUCCAGUACGCCCUCAACCCGGAGUCCGAGCAGUAUUACAUCAUCGAGGUGAACGCGCGCCUGUCCCGGAGCUCAGCGCUGGCCAGCAAGGCCACGGGCUACCCUCUGGCGUACGUGGCAGCCAAGCUGGGCCUGGGCAUCCCCCUGCCCGUCCUCAAAAACUCCGUCACAAACUCCACAACGGCCAAUUUCGAGCCCAGUCUGGACUACUGUGUGGUGAAGGUCCCGCGCUGGGACCUCAGCAAGUUUCUCCGGGUCAGCACCAAGAUCGGCAGCUCCAUGAAGAGUGUGGGGGAGGUGAUGGCCAUCGGCCGCAGCUUCGAGGAGGCCUUCCAGAAAGCUCUGAGGAUGGUGGACGAGAACUGCGUGGGCUUCGACCACACCAUUAAACCCGUGUCCGACCAGGAGCUGCAGACGCCGACGGACAAGCGCAUCUUCGUGCUGGCGUCCGCCCUGCGCGCGGGCUACUCGGUGGACCGCCUGUACGAGCUGACCAAGAUCGACCGCUGGUUCCUGCACAAGAUGAAGAACAUCGCCGACCACGAGCACCUGCUGGAGGCGUACGGGCAGGGCGAGGGCGCCAUGCCGGCCGAGGUGCUGCGCACGGCCAAGCGGCUGGGCUUCAGCGACAAGCAGAUCGCCCAGGCCGUGCAGAGCACGGAGCUGGCCGUGAGGAAGCUGCGUCAGGACUGGAAGAUCCUGCCAGUGGUGAAGCAGAUCGACACGGUGGCAGCCGAGUGGCCGGCCCACACCAACUACCUGUACCUGACGUACAACGGCACGGAGAACGACGUGGCCUUCGGCGAGCCCCACGUCAUGGUCAUCGGCUCGGGCGUGUACCGCAUCGGCAGCAGCGUGGAGUUCGACUGGUGCGCCGUCGGCUGCAUCAUGGAGCUGCGCAAGAUGGGCUACAAAACCAUCAUGGUGAACUACAACCCAGAGACCGUCAGCACGGAUUACGACAUGUGCGACCGCCUCUACUUCGAUGAGAUCUCCUUCGAGGUGGUGAUGGACAUCUACGAGGUGGAGAACCCGGAGGGCGUGAUCCUGUCCAUGGGCGGCCAGCUGCCCAACAACAUCGCCAUGUCCCUGCACAGGCAGCAGUGCAGGAUCCUGGGAACGCUGCCCGAGUUCAUCGACUCGGCCGAGAACAGGUUCAAGUUCUCCCGGAUGCUGGACACCAUCGGCAUCAGCCAGCCCCUGUGGAAGGAGCUCGCAGACACCGAGUCCGCCAAGCUGUUCUGCGACACGGUGGGCUACCCCUGCCUGGUGCGGCCCUCGUACGUGCUGAGCGGGGCGGCCAUGAACGUGGCGUACACGGACAGCGACCUGGAGAUGUUCCUGAGCAGCGCCGUGGCCGUGUCCAAGGAGCACCCCGUCGUCAUCUCCAAGUUCAUCCAGGAGGCCAAGGAGAUUGACGUGGACGCGGUGGCGUGCGACGGGGUGGUCAUCGCCAUGGCGAUCUCGGAGCACGUGGAGAACGCGGGGGUGCACUCCGGGGACGCCACCCUGGUCACGCCGGCCCAGGACAUCAACCAGAAGACCAUGGAGCGCAUCAAGGUGAUCGUGCACGCCAUCGGACAGGAGCUCCAGGUCACCGGGCCCUUCAACCUGCAGCUCAUCGCCAAGGACGACCAGCUGAAAGUGAUCGAGUGCAACGUCCGAGUGUCUCGGUCCUUCCCCUUCGUCUCCAAGACGCUGGGGGUCGAUCUCGUCGCCCUGGCGACCCAAGUCAUCAUGGGAGAGGAGGUGGAGCCCGUAGGGGUCAUGAGAGGGACGGGGAUCGUGGGAGUCAAGGUGCCUCAGUUCUCCUUCUCGCGGCUGGCCGGCGCAGACGUGGUGCUCGGCGUGGAGAUGACCAGCACCGGCGAGGUGGCCUGCUUCGGCGAGAACCGGUACGAGGCCUACCUGAAGGCCAUGCUCAGCACGGGCUUCAAGAUCCCCAAGAAGAACAUCCUUCUGUCCAUCGGCAGUUACAAGAAUAAGAGCGAGCUGUUGCCCACGGUGCAGGCCCUGGAGAGCCUGGGCUACAACCUGUACGCCAGCUUGGGCACGGCCGACUACUACACUGAGCACGGGGUCAAGGUGAUGGCCGUGGACUGGCCCUUCGAGGAGGAGAGCGACUGCCCCAACAAGGAGAAGCAGAGGAACAUCAUGGACUACCUGGAGGAGAACCACUUCGACAUGGUCAUCAACCUGUCCAUGAGGAACUCGGGCGGGCGCCGCCUCUCCUCCUUCGUAACCAAGGGAUACCGCACGCGCCGCAUGGCCAUCGACUACUCCGUGCCGCUCAUCAUUGACAUCAAGUGCACCAAGCUCUUUGUGCAGGCGCUGCGGCAGAUCGGAGACGCGCCGCCGGUGAAGACUCACGUGGACUGCAUGACCUCGCAGAAGAUCGUCCGCCUGCCAGGGCUGAUCGACGUGCACGUGCACCUGCGCGAGCCUGGCGCCGCCCACAAGGAGGACUUCGCCUCGGGCACGGCCGCCGCCCUGGCGGGCGGGGUCACCAUGGUGUGCGCCAUGCCCAACACCGCCCCCGCCGUCGCCGACCCCAGCUCGCUCGCCACGGCCCAAAAGCUGGCCAAGGCGGGGUGCCGCUGCGACUACGCCCUCUUCGUGGGAGCCGCCUCGGACAACGCCGCCAUCCUGCCUCCGAUCGCCAGCUCGGCGGUCGGGCUGAAGAUGUACCUGAACGACACGUACACCACGCUGAAGAUGGACAACAUCACCGUCUGGAUGGAGCACUUUGAGAAGUGGCCCAAGCACCUGCCGAUCGCGGCGCACGCCGAGCGGCAGACGGUGGCGGCCAUCUUGAUGGUGGCGCAGCUCUACCAGAGGCCUGUGCACAUCUGCCACGUUGCCAGGAAGGAAGAGAUCCUGAUCAUUCGCGCCGCCAAGCAGAGGGGCGUCCAGGUGACCUGUGAGGUGGCCCCGCACCACCUCUUCCUGUGCGAGGAGAACGUGCCCGCCAUCGGGACGGGCAGGGCCCGGGUCUGCCCCGCGCUGGGCACCCGCGAGGACAUGGAGGCGCUCUGGGAGAACCUGGACAUCAUCGACUGCUUCGCCACCGACCACGCGCCUCACGCGGUUGAGGAGAAGGACUCGGAGAAGCCGCCGCCCGGCUACCCCGGGCUGGAGACCAUGCUGCCGCUGCUGCUCACCGCCGUCAGCGAGGGCAGGCUCACCGUGGACGACAUCGUGCAGCGGCUCUACGACAACCCGCGCAAGAUCUUCUCCCUGCCCGCCCAGGAGGACACCUUCAUCGAGGUGGACCUGGAGCAGGAGUGGACCAUCCCCAAGCACAUGCAGUUCACCAAGUCCAAGUGGACGCCCUUUGAGGGCAUGAAGGUGAAGGGCAAAGUCCGCAGGGUGGUCCUCAGAGGGGAGGUGGCCUACAUUGACGGACAGGUUCUGGUGCCACCCGGCUACGGCGAAGACGUCAAGACCUGGCCCGCCGCCGCGCCAGCCAAGGUGCCCCCUGAACUAAUCAAAGAGGCUGUCCAGACCCCAGAGCGCCACCGUCAGGCCGCUGUAGGCGAGACGCUGCGGGCCCGGACCUCCAGCCCCCGCCGGUCGGCCGGAGACAGCCGCUUCAUCCUCCCGCCCCGCAUUCACCGGGCGUCCGACCCCGGCCUGCCCCCAGCUGAAGACUCGAGAGAGGUAUCGAUAAGAGGAUCAUUCGAUUCAGACAUGGACACCUUCGGUCACCCCCCUCCGCUGGCCCGGAUCCUGUCCCCCCAGACGGGGGCGACCCAGAGCCUGUCCCACCUGCAGACCUCCCCCAUGCUGCACCCCCUGGUGGGCCAGCACGUGCUCUCGGUCCGCCAGUUCAGCAAGGAUCAGCUGUCGCACUUGUUCAACGUGGCCCACCACCUGCGCAUGAUGGUGCAGAAAGAGAGGAGCUUGGACAUUCUGAAGGGCAAAGUGAUGGCGUCCAUGUUCUACGAGGUGAGCACGCGCACCAGCAGCUCGUUCGCGGCGGCCAUGCAGCGCCUGGGCGGGUCCGUGGUGCACUUCUGCGAGGCCACCUCCUCCAGCCAGAAGGGGGAGUCGGUGGCCGACUCGGUCCAGACCAUGAGCGGCUACGCCGACGUGCUGGUGCUGCGCCACCCGCUCCCGGGGGCCGUGGAGACCGCUUCUAAGCACUGCCGGAAGCCAGUGAUCAACGCGGGGGACGGGGUGGGGGAGCACCCCACUCAGGCCCUGCUGGACAUCUUCACCAUCCGGGAGGAGCUGGGAACGGUCAACGGCAUGACAAUCACGAUGGUGGGGGACCUGAAGCACGGCCGCACCGUGCACUCCCUGGCCCGCCUGCUCACCCAGUACAGGAUCAGCCUGCGCUACGUGGCCCCCAGGAACCUGCACAUGCCGCCCGAGAUCAUCGACUUCGUGGCCUCCAGGGGGAUCAAGCAGGAAGAGUUUGGCAGCAUUGAGGAGGCCCUUCCAGACACCGACGUCCUGUACAUGACCCGGAUCCAGAAGGAGAGGUUUGCCUCCGAGGAGGAGUACAAUGCGUGCUUCGGCCAGUUCAUUUUGACCCCCCACAUCAUGACGGGGGCCAAGCGCAAAAUGGUGGUCAUGCACCCUCUCCCGAGGGUCAACGAGAUCAGCGCGGAGGUGGACACGGAUCCGCGCGCGGCCUACUUCCGACAGGCGGAGAACGGCAUGUACAUCCGCAUGGCGCUCCUGGCCACCGUGCUGGGUCGCUGAGCUGGGUUAGGGGAACGACCGUGCGUACCCCACUCCAGCCGCUCGCUGACCGAAGGGACCAAGAAGACCCGCCGGGCCAGAGACUCCCCCCCCCCCCGGGUUCUUGGCGAGGCUCAACCUCUUAAUUUUCUUAGCUUCGGAAAUGAUUACACUGAAGUGGCAUAAUUAAAUCAGACACCCUCGUUGUCACCCCCCUGGUGAUUCUGUAGCAUAUAUUUACGGUACGUACCCUUGCACUAUUCUGGUGAUGCACUACCUUGCCAGCAAUGAGGACUGUCCAUUAACAGUUCAAAUCAAUCCCAUACUCUGAACCAUUUUUCAACAUGGCUGCUAUCCUGUGUUAUGUUGUUGGUGGAACAAAGUGUUAAAUGGGUGGAGAUUAAAUAAGAAUGCGUGUUGUUCUUUCAUAUGACUGUGUAUUCAGUUUUGCUAUGUGUACCCUGAUGGGGUUUGUGUUAAAGGGUCUGUUUCCUUUGAGACUGUGAAGAAGUGCGGCACCCUCUCCUGUGAAUAUGCGUUCCAUUAAAUGGGUCUGUGCCAGGCUCCUGUUGAUUGAAUUAAUGUAAAAUGUGAUGCUUACUCUCCAUGUUAGAGAUGGCCAAAAGGGAAGUAGGCUUGCCCAUAUUUUCUGAUGUGAAUUGAGGCGAAGCACAUAAUCCUAUUUGUUACAUGGUUAUGAGUACAGCGAUCACGGGGUAAGAAAAAUAGUCAAUCUGAUGAUCUUGGGACAUUUGACAUUUUUUAAUAUUUAAUAAAAGACAUUCUUUCACAAAA